CCGCAUUACUCGCUCACACUCCAUUAGCUCCUCCCCAAAUCAGAUGCAAAGCAAGCCACCACUAAGCCCAAUCCAAACUUGUGCAUGCUACGAGUACUGGUUAGCAGCUUUUGCUCGUGCCGAUCUUGUCCGGUAGCCACGCCGACCUCGACUUAAUUCGCGACCACGCAACAACACGCUCGCAGGUCGAAUAAAACCUAGCGCCCAGUGCAUUCCCAUGCCCUGUUCUCGAUAAGCCCGGCCGAUCACGACACCACCUUGCGAGCUAAAGCAGCUUCGCCGUCGUCGUCUUCCUCGUGCCGUUACCACUUCUCGAGCCCCAGCUCGAUCGCUUUUGCUCACGUCGGGGUAGACAGAGGCAGGGGGAGCGCCGGAGCAGGGGAGACCGAUGCACCAGAUAGGGAGCGGCAUGUACGUGUCCGGCCGGGCGCCGGACAGGAAGCGGGAGCGGCACCUGUCGUCGGGGUCGGUGGCCACGCCGCCCUACACCGGCGGGGACGUGUCGCGGUCCGGCGAGCUGGGCCGCAUGUUCGACGUCUCCUCCUCCUCGCCGGCCUCCUCCUCGCGCCGCAGCUCCGGCCCGCUGCCUCCACCGCCCGUGCCGCUCCGGCCCCCGCCGUCGCCGGCGCUGUCCCAGCUCUCGCACUCGGGGCUCCUCGUGGGCCCGUCGCCGCCCCACGCGCCAUCGCCGGCGCGCGGGGCCGGGUCGUCGUGGAGGAAGCCCAGCAGGAUGCGCGCGGCCGCCGCAAAGGAGGAGGGGGCACCGGCGCCCGUCGUGGCGCGCGGGCGCACCAGGCUCGGGGUCCCGCUCGCGUGCUACGUGCUCGUGGCCGUGGCCGCCGUGGCCGGGGUCGGCGCCGGGGUGUUCUUUCUCGUGUCCUGGCGCCGGUGGGAGGGGCUCGCGGGCGCGGGCGGCGCCGUGGCGGUCGCCGCGGCCGUGCUCUCAUGGAACGUGGCGCGGUGCGCGGCCGAGGCGGAGCGGUUCUUCCGGCGGUCCCCCGACACGGUGUUCGACCAGGCCGACAUGCCCAUCGGCGAGCUCGUCAAGAUCACCGGGCAAGUCACCUGCGGCCGAAUCCCCGUGGGAGCCUGCUUCCACGACGCCGCCCGGUGCGUCUUCACGUCGGUCCAGGUGUACGGGCGCCGUGGAUGGGCAUGGGCCUGCUGCUGCUCCCGGUGGCAGCUCAGACACUCCGAGGCGCGGUCGACCAGUUUCUACAUCUCCGACAGGAACUCUGGGAGGAGGUUCUAUGUGCGCGCCGGGGAAGGAGCCAAGAUUACCUGGAUGAUCAAGCGGAAAAUGGUGAGCUUCGAUGGCGAGAAGAAGGGCGCGUCGCGGAGCCUGACGAGCUGGGCGGAGAGCCACGGCCUGUCCUGCGACGGCGCCGCGCGCGUAGAAGAAGGAUUCAUCAGGGAGGGGGACACGGCGAGCGUGAUCGGCGUGCUGAAGAAGCACCACGCCUUCGACGUCGUCGACGCACCGGAUGGGGUGGUGGCCACCGGAUGCCAGCCGGCGAGGUUCAUGUUCCCCGUGCUCGUCGAGGGGCUGGUGCUCAUCGGCAGCGAGGACCCCGACGAGGCCGUGUACAUAGUCUAACCUGCUGCUGCUCUGCAGGUUUGCGACGGCCGACCGGCCUUCAGCUGGUUUUGACAGUCUCAGUGCUGACUAUACAUAGGGAGAUCGAGAGGAUGUUUUAGUACCUCUGCGUUUUAGGUUUUGUCAGCACAAGGGUUUGCUGCUUCAUUAGUUCAUCCAUAUGAAAUGGUGUAAAUUAAAGUGGUGUAUAUGGGCUUGUUAGUAGAACUAAAAA